CAAAAUUUACUAAGUAAUCGAAAAGCCCAAGUUCGACUAACCCAGUGAGACGCACGAACAUAGAAAGCCCAAAUAUUCUCUGCUAAUUGCUCUAGUUGAUCGCUAGGGUAUCGAAGAAGCCGCAGAGAAGAGAGUGUCCAGUCGUCCACAGCGCCAGCGGAGCUUUGAACAAUGGUUCUCAAGACUGAGCUUUGCCGCUUUAGUGGUGCCAAGAUCUUUCCUGGGAAGGGGAUCAGAUUUGUUCGGUCUGAUUCUCAGGUUUUUCUUUUUUCCAACUCAAAAUGCAAAAGAUACUUCCACAACCGCUUGAAGCCAUCAAAACUUACAUGGACAGCAGUGUACCGCAAACAACAUAAGAAGGAUAUUGCAGCAGAAGCUGUGAAAAAGAGGCGCCGAGCUGCUAAGAAGCCAUAUUCAAGGUCUAUAGUUGGUGCCACAUUGGAAGUCAUUCAGAAGAAAAGAGCAGAGAAGCCAGAAGUUCGUGAUGCUGCUCGUGAAGCUGCCUUACGUGAAAUUAAGGAGAGAAUCAAGAAAACGAAGGAUGAAAAGAAGGCAAAGAAAGCAGAAGUAAUGGCAAAAGUAAAAACUGCGAAGGGUAACAUGCCCAAAGGUCCCACAAAAGGUCCCAAGCUUGGUGGAGGUGGUGGGAAGAGAUAAUUUUUGUGUAUUUGACCCUCAACUAAACAUACCUUAUUUCCUUGGAUUCUGAACAUUGCAGGCAACAAUACCUUAUUUUCUUGGGAAAUACUGAAAUAGUACUACCUACAUGGAGUUCAAUUGAAACUGAUCUGUUGGAGUUGUAAUACUCUGUUUGGUGAAGAUAGGGUUUGGCUUUACAUAUCAGUUUCAAAAAUGUUAAAAAUGCGUUUUUGGAAUUUGUGCAAUGAUCUCAUUGGAACUGGAAGCCUUUUUAUCUUUUGAGACCCCCCCCCCACAAAAAAACAACAUUAAAUUUAC